AUGGCCCCUUCUUACCCUUUCUCUCGCAAUCACCCAUCAUCCUCUUCCUCCUCAUCUUCAUCGCAGCAAAAUGGCAAUGCUACCCCCACUCAACGCAAUAUCAAUCAGCAAGCAAGUAGAGUCAUAUCCGCCACCGGUAUACAGAACUCACCAGCAGCUCAUGCACAUAACCAACUAAAUGUCGCUUCACCAUCAAAUUUGCGAUCUCGUGUGGUCUCACCUAGGUAUUCCAAUACAAUCACUCAGGCUAAUGUCGAUACCUUCCGAUCUGAGAAUGACAAUUACCCUUCUCCUACUAAUAGUUUCAAAAGGGGCAAAUCAAAGAACAAGGGAGGAUGGAUAGAAUUAAGUGGGAAUGGGACUCCUUCACCAACUAAACCUAAGGAGAUUGAUGGUUUGCCUGUACCGAAAUACGAUUCGAGAGGAUAUCCUACUAAAGAUAGGGAUUGGAACGAUGAAACUUACUAUGAUGGUGGGAAAGGAAAAGGCAAAGGGCUGGGUCUAAGAUCAUCCCACUCGAAUGAUAGUUUAUCUUCUGAAGUUUCGUCAACGGGUGCAGGAGUCAAUGAAGAAACUUCAAAUUUCCUCAACACAGGACACAAACCUCAAAAUUCGUACUAUAUGCCCCAGUACUCUUCAUCUUCUUCUGCGUCAGCUUCAGCAAGCGGAUCUUCGACUGGUCCAUCGCCAGUAUCCCUCUAUCCACCGAAUUUAGAUUAUUCCCUUUCGUCCCCAUCAUAUUUGCCUUAUGACCAACCAACCGGUGUGGUACCCAAAUCCAACCCCUUACCGAGCUUGUACGGCGAGUCGAGAGUAUCCCUCGAUUCUCUAAACAGUGGGGAAAGCUUGACGCAGUUCAGGAAAUAUGAUCAUCUGAGUUACGCGGAAAAUGGAGAUAGGGGUUAUGGAUAUAGUAAUUUUAGUAUAUCUAGUAAGGGAGGUAAGAAGCAUUUGGCGGAUAUGUUCUCCUUACCCGCAGAUCCAUCGACAUGGUCAAAUUUAGGUCCAGAACCAGAUGAUGAUUUCCAUGAUCCCGAUUAUAGACCAGCUAAGAAAAGCCGUUUUCACGCUGCGAUCUUUACUUGGAGAGGGGCUGCGAAUUUAGGCUGUCUGUUUGCUAUGUUAUUGGUAUUGGUCAUCCUCUUUGCUGGCUAUCCGAUAUUAGAUAAUUAUCUGAAUAAACCCAUCAAUUCGCAUGGGGCAUACAAUUUAGGAGGGAUUAACUCUACAGGUCAGAUACCCGAUAUUGGAGCAUUCCAACUGAUAGAUAAAGAUACACCCUCAUCGGCAUAUAGUUGGACAAGUCUGGAAACGGGCGAAGAAUGGGAAUUGGUCUUUUCUGAUGAAUUCAAUAGGGAUGGAAGGAAGUUUUACGGCGGCGAUGACCCUUAUUGGCAAGCUGUCGACCUGCAUUAUUGGCAGACGAAUAAUCUAGAAUGGUAUGAUCCUAGAAUGGUAACUACCAAGGACGGUAAAUUGGAGAUAACCUUGGAUAAAGUCACGACGAACGGUAUGAACUAUACUGGUGGCAUGAUAUCGACAUGGAAUCAAAUGUGUUUCACAGGAGGUUACGUAGAAGUAUCAGUAUCUUUACCCGGAACAAGCAAUGUGUACGGCUUGUGGCCUGCUAUCUGGACGAUGGGUAAUUUGGGUCGAGCGGGUUAUGGUGGAUCAUUAGAUGGGAUGUGGCCUUAUAGUUAUGAUUCCUGCGAUGUCGGAACUUUACCUAAUCAGACGUUAAAUGGUAAACCCGAAUUGACUACUACGGAUGGUGAUCCCAAUUACGAUUACUCGCUAUCUUAUCUCCCAGGUCAGAGAUUAUCGAGCUGUACUUGCCCCGAUGACACCACCCAUCCAGGACCAAAAUUGAGUAAUGGCACUUUCAAAGGUAGAGCUGCACCUGAAAUAGACCUGUUCGAGGCAACAGUCAAUGCUGAAUUACUGGAAGGUGAAGUAUCUCAGUCUGGUCAAUGGGCACCUUUCAAUCCUCAUUACUACUUCCUCAAUUCCUCAACGAAAGAUUAUGAGAUCUAUGACGAUACCGUCACGAAGAUUAAUGAAUAUAUGGGAAGUAUAUACCAACAAGCUACUUCUGGAUUAUCAGUCACCGAUCAAAAUUGCUAUGAGCAAAACACAAACUGUUUCUCUACUUAUGGGUUCGAAUAUGCCCCAGGAGCAGAUGGGUAUAUUACUUGGAUCAACAAUGCCAAGAAAGCAUGGACCAUACGUGGAGCAGCGAUGGGUCCGAAUGAUGAAGCGAUGGUCGGUCAACGGCUAGUAUCGGAAGAACCGAUGUAUCUGAUUAUCAAUCUUGGUAUCUCAGAAAACUUUGGUGCUGUAGACUAUGAUGGAUUGGAGAAGCUUUGGCCCGUAAAGAUGGAAGUCGACUAUAUCAGAGUAUAUCAGGAUCCCAACAAGAGGAACAUUGGAUGCGAUCCUGCUGAUAUGCCUACUGCCAAAUAUAUAUCAAUGUUCCCCGAGAUCUACAAUGACCCGAAUAUUACUGUAAUGGACCAAAUACCGAAUUUCACGAAACCGAAGAAUAGAUUGGUUGAUACGUGCUAA